GUACCAACGAAUACGAUGUAUGAUUUCGCGCUUACCGCAUGGUACACAGUGUGAAGUUUCGUGUUUCACAUGGAUACAAGUUUUUAUCCCUGACAUAAAAUGCGUUAAGCACGGAAACGAGAAAGCGUUACGAGAAAGAUACACUCAUCGGUGAAUGUGAGUAUCGCAGCCUGACGUCUGGCGACAUCAUUUUAGGUUAUAAGAUUUAAACGAUAUUUUUCUCGGCAAUGAUCACUCGAUACAUAUUUAUCUCAACAAUACGUGACAACUACACCCGCGUCAACGAACAUUUCCAAGUUGCACGUCAAUGGCGGAUGUUAUUUAACAUUCUCGACACCGUUAUGGUUAUGUGAAUAAUACAGUAGUGGACAUUUUUAGAAUACGUAUUUAUACCUUGCAAUUUUUGGCCAACAUUGUGUCAUUAGUAUAUAUUCAAACAAAAAAAGAUCAGUUUUACUACAGCUCGCGAGGGGCCCUGAUACGGUAAAGAAAUUUGAUUCGCAAUGUUACGGUACGCAGAGAAGACCAACAGUGUGCUCCAACUACCUAAUUUAUUUCCCCGGUUAAUGAAGGUCAACUAUUCAUUUCUUUUUGGGCUGCAUAGGCCCAAGGAGCCUGAAUUUUUGACAGAAAAAGGACAGAAAAUUUACUGUGUCCCUGGGUUGUAUAAAUACAGCAAUAUGGCAGAACAACAACAAACACCACCUGGCUUCAAGCAUAUGUCUCUGGAUAAGAUCAUUGAGGCUAUGACUGCGGAUUUGGAAGGUUCGAGCGGUCACUAUGUCCAAUUCGGUGUCACUCCGCAACAAGCGACCUCUCAUAAUUGGGGAGAUUAUACAUCCGGACAAGCUAGACAUCAUAUUACUAGUCAGCCAACUCAUUCGAAUCCUGGAAUGCAACCCAUGACACCGAUGACCACUUCCUUAUACAUGCAAGACAUGCCAGGUUACGAUGCUACGACCACUGACUCAAUAUACUUUCCACCACAGACAGUAAAUCACUUAGGCAUUAAUGAGAACAAUGAUUUGAUCGGUACCAUUGAUGUCGGAGGUGGUAACUACAUCAACGUCAUUUACGGAAACGCCUCUCAGAUUAUGGCUGAGCAAUGUCAGCUUCCGAAUAUGACACCGUACGCUAAUCAGAGCAUGGUUGAUCAGGAAUACGGCCUUUUUAACGAUCAACAUAUGACUGUACCAUCCGAAUUGCCAAGUCAGAAUUUCAAUGGGAAACAAUUAAUCGACAAUUUGGUCGGUAACUGGGUGCCGAAUCAAUCCGGAACGUACAGCCCAUUUGGCGGGUCACCCAAUAUCACACCUGUACCGCAAACGGUGCCGGACAUAAGAGAGACCGAGGAGUUACCUAGAAACACGUCGGAAUCUCAAUAUAAGAAGCCAAGGAUGGUGGCAGAGGUAAAGCCUAUGCGACCCUCCUACUCCGAUGUCUUGACCAAGUCUGCGCCAACUCCGCCGUCUCCAUUAACGAUUCAACCCACGAAGCCGAAAGUUGAAAUAACAGGUAAGAAAAUCUCCAAUAAGAGCACCAAAAGUAAGAACAAACCUGCACUGCUGAAGAGACAGAACUCGUCUGGUAGCGACGAUCACAACUCUCCGAAGAUGCAAAUUCCCAGAAAAGUUUUAGAGAAAAAUUCUUCCAAUCUUCCACGACGUUGGGUAUCAUUGGAUAACCUUGGCUCGCAGUCUGAUUCUCAUCAGAUAAAUGCGUUUGAGAGGUCAGAUCAGUUCUCUUCGGAGAAGAAGAGAUCUGUGAAACUACCUAAGAAAGCAGAAAAGAACGAGACGCUGAACAACACUAAGAUACAGAAUAAUAAUCCGAAAACAGCUGGAAAUAUUCCAAAACGUCCGAUACAGAUAAAUAACAACCUGAGUACGAUUAACACGUCGAGCCAGACAGUCUCUCCUGAGAAGAUCGAAAAGAAUCAACAGAUCAUUAAUAAAAUCAGUAAAGAGGAGAAGAAGGUGGUGAAGGAAAAGAAUCCUAAGCGUUUUCAAGCUGAGAAGGCUCAGCAGAUUAAGAAAGGACAGAGGAACAGAAGAAGAGAGAACAGAGAAUCUCCGGUUAAGGAUUUAUGUAAGAACUUAAAUAAAUAUGCGGCCCGUUGGAGUAAAGUCGUCUUGAAAGUCUUUUAUUGGCUUUUGCAUCUCAUUUCUGAUGUAGUUAGCAUGAGCGCUAACUUAGUUAUUCAACUUGGCAAGUGCGCUUGGUAUCACACUAUACUUUAUUUAAAAUGCUGGUGGGUGUAUAUGGCUGUGACAUUCUCUAAAAUCCGCAUUUUAAAUGCGAUCGGUAAGCAAUUAGAUAAUUGGCUUGGUAGUAGUAAGUUUGCAUUUUGGCGGAAAAUAAACACCAAGAAGAACGAGGAGAAGGAGGAUAACGGCAAUUGGAUUCAUGGCGGGCUGGAGAGCAACAUUGCACUACCCAGCACCGGUGAAGAAGCCAUGAAGAGAUUAUUGGCGUGCAAGGGAAAGGAUCCUUACAGCAUACUCGGCGUCACGCCAACCUGUUCGGACGACGAUAUUAAAAAAUAUUACAAACGACAGGCCUUUUUAGUUCAUCCUGAUAAAAAUAAUCAGCCUGGAGCUGAGGAAGCAUUCAAAAUUCUGGUACACGCUUUCGAUAUCAUCGGGGAGCCGGAACGGAGACAGGCAUUUGAUCAGACUAGGCAAGUUGAAGCGGCUUGGGGUGAAUUAAGCGACUUGCUGUCUCAACUUCAUCGGAAAAUGGAGCAGGCGGCAAAUACAAUAAGGUGUACAAAUUGUGGCUUGAGGCAUAAACGAGUCCCGACACAACGGCCGUGUUACGCCGCACGGUUUUGCGCUCAGUGCAAGAUACGUCACAGUGCGAAAGAAGGUGAUAUCUGGGCGGAGUCUCGGUUAAUGGGUUUUCUAUGGCACUAUUACGCGUGCAUGGAGGGGGCAGUGUACGAUGUGACCGAUUGGGCCGCCUGCCAAGCUGGAAAUCUCAAGCAUCUUAGAGCGAACACGCAUAGUGUCCAGUACAGGAUUGUUUUAGGGCAAAGACUACCAUCACAAACGUCCAGUAGCGGUAAAAAACGACAACAAAUAGACCCGAACACAAGUGAAGCGGAUUUCGAGGACUUUUUAAAUAAUCUCUACAAUCAUAGUAAAUCUGGCAACGCCAAUACAUCGGGGGAUCAAAAUUCAUUUAGAGGGGAUUGCAGACGACGUAAAACUAAACGUAAGAAGUAGAUAAGCACUAGUAAUGGUAACUAAUCUUUGAGCGUUUGGUAUCAACAAUGUAUAAUUAUGAGAAGCGCAUUAUGAAUGUAUACUAUACACUAUUUCAGAAUUACAUCUUUAAACAAUUAACUCUAACAUGUAGCUAUUAUAUACAAAUAUUCAUGAAAACACUAAUAUUUAACUGAUACAUGAUAUGAGAUUAAUGAAAAGCUGUGUUCAUGACUCGAAUGUGCGCAUAGUAAAACAUCAUCGCAUAGCGUAAAAUAAUGACUCGUACACUAAGAAACUCGAGAAUGAUAAAAUUAUCACACAACAACAUGCAAUAAUAAAUAUUCAAUGAACGUAUUCAGUAAUAUGAUUCAAUAAUACGAAGUCGGUAUUUUGCCACUUGAAAAUGAUGAAAAUGUUGACUUAUCAGGCUAUAAGAUAAAACACAUAGAGAUGCCAAAUAAUGAUUUUAGGAACAAAUCUGUACUAUAUAUUACAAAGUUAUAUUUGAACAUUGAACUUCUAACAUAUUUUGAUCAGUUUAUACGUGUAGUUUCAUAUAACUUUCAAUUCUUCCAAAAUCCAAAAGAAGCUGCUAGUGUCAUGCUUACAUUAUCAAAUAUAUACAUAUAAACAUUUUCCUUCAGUUCCCUUCCUUUCUACCUAGCAUGCAUGUCGAAAUAUACAUUUGACACAAGUCGUGAUUUCUCGAAAUCAUAAUUUCCAGUUUAAAUCCAAAAGAAUUGGCAGGUAUGGAAGAAGACUGAUUUUCUCUCUGAUUUUGUUACUUAUUAAGUUAUACAUAUUCUAUACAUUAGAUAGAAACAUUUCUCUAAUGAUACAUACUCCACUAUACAUAAAAGUCGUCUGCUUCCUGCGACAGGCGAAAACCAACGUUCGAGAAAACAAACAUCCUACUCUCUUAAUGUAUUUAAAUAUGUAUAUGCUUCAAAUAUAUACGACAUAAAACUCUAAAGUAAAAGGAUAUUACCUAUGUACAUGUAUGCGAUGUUACAGAAUGCAGAAGCUGCACUGUCAGUUAUAGUGCAUAGAAAAAUAUAGAUAUCCUCAUUAUUAGGAACAAUACACAAAUGACAAAAACCUUGUUCUGGCAAAUGCUUCGUAAAUAGUGCAGCAAGAAUAGGAAGAAUAAAAGUUACGAAUAUUGUCCAUUAAUCAACAUUGUGUAUGUGUACACAUUGAUAUAGAAAUACUUUUUAUAAGUUUUAACAUUUAAUAAGUAACUUAUAUACUACAGUAAUCUUUCUUUCGCGAAAUAAUGUCAACACUACACAUGUGAAUCAAUUUACUGUGUACGGAUGAAAAAUGUAAUAAAUGGAUUUAAUGC